AUGGCUGAGGAAAGAGCCGCUGAAGGCUCACAAGCAUCGUUAAAUCUUUUAGAAGAGAAUUUGUUUGAACUGCAAUGCUUGAUUAGAGCUAGUGAGAUUUAUCAUAGUGCCCAUUGUGAAAUUGGAACAAAACAAUUAUUAGCUUUCGCUACUAGAAACACAGAUAUAGGAUUUUAUUAUUUGAAGGAAGCUUCUUCUCUACCAAUAAUCAAAAGAAUACCAUGGUUUCAAGCACCACAGAAAGCAAUAGCAGCUUUAUGCUUCGAUCCGUCAGGUUCAUGGUUACUUGUUGCCAGUGUCGAUGGUUUAUUGUGUAUAGUACCAGCUUUAGCACUAGUGGAUAGUAGUUCUACUGUCAAUCAGAAAUGGGCAACGAAUGACAUAACGUCUUUCACAUCUUUAAAUUCCCAGUCUUCCUAUUCAAGGCCAAGUGCGUUGGUGUGGUGGCAAGGUGUGAUACAAUCUAAUGACAUAGCUAUCAUAGGAACUGAACACGGGGAAAUAGUACUUGUUGAUCUCGAAAGUAGAAAACAAGUAGGUUUAACACAUGUUAAAGGAAACGUUUCUAGUCUGCAUAUUUGCCAGGAUAACAGUCUCGACGUUGUAUCGCUUUUAAUAACAAAUCAAUCAAGACAACAAUGGCGACUGAUUUUGGAACAACGCACAAACGGUUACGUUUAUCCACUUAACAGUGACAAAUCGUUUCAUCCUUCAUAUCCUUUACCAAACACAAAUAGUAAUCCCAACAAUGAGAUAAAAACUUUGCCUGCUACAAGAUCUCGGCUGCAAGGUCUGAAACAGCUUUCCGUUGAGAAACUUGCUAUGCUUAAGCAGAAAUUGGCUGAAACUAGAAGUCGUAGUUUAGCAGGACCAAUUUUACGACGAGAUAGUAGUAGUAGCAGCGGGACUGAGGAAAUAAUACAAGUUGCUUCUAGUAAAACAUGUUCUGAGGCAUCAGCAGAUUCAUUAAGUCCUGAGCCAGUUUCUCAGGAUAUGUUCCUUGCGCCACAAUAUACUAGACAAGGCCAGCAUCUGUAUACAGGUUAUCAUUCGCCCACAAAUCAUUUAACAAUUCACGGAACUGACGUCUCGGUAGUACCUUUGUACAUACACAAAAUGCCGCCACUUUCUGAGGAUAUAUUAUUAACACAACGAUUGUUUUAUAUAACGGAUGUUCAACGUCAAUCAUUGUAUAUUGUUUCCUGUCCACUAUCCGAAAGUCGGAUGGAGGGAGAAGCCAAUUUUAAUCAGGAUUCUGUGAUCGGACAUUUUUCCUUUGAAAGUACUAAGGAGUUUAUAAAUAGGGUGUACAGAUUGACAGAUUUUAAAGCGAAAAAACCAAAAAAAGUCCCAACGGAAACCGAAAAUCGAGAUGCGUUGCCGAAAAAGGUCGAGGACCUUAACGUAGAUGUGCCUCUAGUGGAUACUUGUAUAGUUGUUACUAAUUUUGCUGUAUAUCGAGUUGUUCUCAGGAAAUCUUUACUAACGGUGUUUAUGGAUUUGGUACUUCAAAGAAAAGAGGUUGACAAGGCAAGUCGAUUAGCUCUGGUAUUUGGAAUGAAUGUACAACAAUUAUUAGAAUAUGCUGGAGAUAUACUCCUGUCGAAUAAGGAAUUUUCUCAAGCAGUAGUCUUGUAUAAAUUAUCUAAGUGUCGAUUAUUAAAAAGUGUAUUGAAGUUCGCAGCAGCUGGUCACACUUCAGAACUUUUAAGUUGCGUCACGCAUUGCUUGACACCUCCAUCAGUUAGUGAAUUACCAACGGCCACGAGAAUACACUUGAGUAACUUGAGUGUUUUGGCAUUCACAGAACUCACUUUGAGAAAUUCAUCACAACAGUUGAAGCAUAUACAUAAAGAUUUUUUAAAUUUUUUGUCCACAAACAUUUUUUAUGACGAACUAUUAGCUAUCAAUAUCGCGGGGCAAACUGGUCUUUGGAAGAUUUUACAUCAUCUGGCAACUCAAAGAGGCCUUUACGCCGAAGUGCUGGAUAUUCUCUUGAAAGCUGUACAAGCUUUCAACUCGAAUAAUUCAAAUCUUUUACCUUGUCAAAGUAAAUAUGGCUUACUAAUAUGCCUCAGUGAACCAAGUUUAAUUCAGGCAUUGCUAGCAAACCAUGGUCUAGCUAGAAGUCAUAUGACUUUCGUUUCCACCAAUCUUACCUCUUUGCAGAUUUUUGUUCUUCAGCGACUAAUUUCAUUAUACGACCCAACGAACGUGAUAUUACGGCCUCUACUGAUUCGUUGCAGAGCUCGACGUAGAACUACUUCCCGUAGUUCACAAUCUAGUCAAUGUGACUCAUUAGAUAUGUCGGAAAUGCUUGAGGAAACGGGCACACUAUUGGAAGAGUUUAUACAAACAUUCUUAAUGAUAUUACUUACUCUUAUACAUAAAAGGACACUUCACUUAUGUUAUAACCCGAUACUCAUGCGGCAAAUUCAGCUACCGGGAAUUGAAAAGGAUCGCGACAAUAUCAGUACCAAUGUAGACUUUAGAAGGAGACUCUUGAGCGCUGGAUUUUCUCACGUUGCGCUAAUUAGAAAUGGCAAUGUAUAUACAUGGGGAAAUGCCGUACAAGGUUGUUUAGGUACCGGUCCCUCUGUCAUAAAGUAUGGACCUCCACAAGCUGUAUCUCUUUUCAAAUGCAUGGAAGUUGAAGUUUUCAGUGUAUCAUGUGGUAAAUGCCAUUCUCUGGCAGUAACUAAUAAUGGUGUUUACGUAUGGGGUGCCAAUAAAUUUGGCCAACUUGGACUUGGCAAAAUAGUACAAUGUCCUAGUCCUGAACUUGUUUCAUCUUUGGCGCAAGAGGUGAUCGUGGAUGCUGUAGCCGGACAAUAUCACUCUGUAGCAUUAACCAUGGAUGGUCGAUUGUUUACUUGGGGCUGGGGAGUGCAUGGUCAAUUGGGUCAUGGGAACACAGAGGAGAAAAACGUACCAACUUUAGUCACUAGUCUUCUUGGAAUUGUUAUACGGCAUAUAAGUGCUGGUCAUGCACAUACAAUGACGCUGUCGGCAGAUGGACAUAUUUACAUCUUUGGAAGCAAUGUUUUUGGUCAACUAGGAAAUGGUACUAACAACAAAAGUUCAUUGCCGGUCAAGGUAUCACUGAUACCUGAGAAAAUUAUGUUAAUAUCAACUGGAUACUUUCACAAUCUUGCUGUAAGUCACACAAAUAAACUAUAUACGUGGGGUGCGAGUCCUCAAGUAUUACGGCUACAAGCACAAGCACAAAAGAAGUCUAGAAUACUUCAACAAGCGGCUUUAGAAAAGAAGUUUGAAAAUUUAGAAUCCGAAAGGUAUGAUGGUCGAGAUAACGUUGAUUCUAAAGCGGAAUUGGAUCAGAACGAUGCACAAAAUUCUGAUACUGUACAAACAAAAGAUGGCACUACCAGCACAAUUUUAAUGCAAGGAAACUUGGCUAACGGCACAAGAUUUCCUAAAAGUCCGAGCUUUCGAAGUAUGAAUAUAGGUUUAUUAGAGGAAGCGCAAACUCAUAUGAAACCAUCUCUUGUCGAUACAAGUUUAGUUAAUGGACAAAUUGUACAGAUAUCAACGGGCUGUCAUCAUUCGGCUCUGCUAACAAAAGAUGGUUCCCUCUACACUUGGGGUCUCAACUUAGAUGGUCAAAUAGGUAAUGGAACUCGACGUGUCGUAGCUAUACCAACACCUCUCGGAUACAACCCAGCAUCAAUUCUGGCACAAGUACCUCCAAGGACUAACGUAUUCAGAGGAGAAGAAAGGAGUGUAACUUCUGAUACUGAUAAUACAAAUUUUGAAAACGCACAAAAGAACACUGAUAAUAUAAGCAAUUUUGAGGCUACGAAUUAUAGCGAAAGAACAGACAGGAGUAUGAUUAAUCAUACGAUAAAAACAAUUCGCGUGUGUUGUGGUUCUGACUACACAGUUGCCGUACAGCCUGGCGGAACAGUUCUUGCAUGGGGCGGUAACAGUAUGGCGCAAUUGGGACGGCCGCCUGCCAAAGAUUCACGAGCUUCGGAUGAAAAACUUGUUUUACUGAAGUCCUCCAGGCGUAUCGUGCGACUUCCUCAUGCGGCACAUACCGCUAUGGAUACACCUAGUCAAGUACCGAAUAUACCGACACCUAUAAUUACUUAUCAGAGUUACGACAUUACUCCUCUGGCGGGACUGGUUCGUCCCUUGAGCGUGGUUGAAAAAGUUCCGAGUGAAUUAACCUUGCAUUACGUAUUGGAGCAGUUCAAUGGAUUAUAUGACAGUGAAAAAAUCAUGAACAAAUGUUUGGAGAUGGGCAAUUACCAGGCGUGCUCGAAAUUGGCUCUAUUGGAUCGUAAUUUUUCUGAGGCGCUUUCUUAUCAGUUAAAAGCUUUGAACUCCUCCUACUUGAAGCCACGUGAAAAUACAUCUGCAUCUAAGAGCGAGCUGCAAGAGGAGCAGACAGAUCCUAAUAAGGAUUUUGCAAAUGACGAAUCAUCUCUAGUGAAAUCCAUGUCACAAAUUAAACUCGUGAAAGAAAAUACAGAACUAUUUGAUCGUCAUGUGGAGAAGAACAUCGUAGAAACGCUGGAAGAGUGUGAAGCUAUGAAUACUACAAAAAUGUCAACUAGUCGAUCAUUGGAUAGCUUCCGAAUAUUGGAGCAAGAAUUGCACACAUUUAAUUGUCAAGGUGGUUCGGAAGAGUUGUGCGAUGAUGCGAAAAGUGAAGAUAUUUCAUUAGACAUUACAGAAGAUGCUCUUGAUGAUGAUACUGAGGCUAAUAAUAGUGCUGUUUCCAUCAGUAAUGUUAUUUCUGGUAAUGAUGACGGCGCCACUUCUUCCAAUCACGAUAAAGAUUGUAAAAAUUCUUCCGAGAUUGUGAAUACUUCGGGCGUAAUGAAAAAAAUGGAGGAUCUAUGCUCAGAAACUGCCAUUCGGAGUGUCUACAAAGAUCACAUGGGUAAUCAAGAGAAUUACAAAGUGCACGAGGCUAGCAGCAUCGUGAAAUUUUAUAUGAACGAAAUAGAAGAAGAAUCGCAUAGCAUGAUGUGCGAAGUAUUACGCAGUGCUCUUGAUUUUUGGAUUAAAUAUAAUUUGCCCAUGCAGCAUUUAGAGAAUGUACUUCUCGAGCAUAUGAACAAACUAUUCUAUCCCUUGGGUCUGCUGCUUUUUUGUCAAAAUAAACUGGAUGAAAAUAUAGAUACAAAUAAAAAAGACGGAGAGGGUAAGAGUCUUGCUAUGAUGAAUUCUUUGUCGACCAAAUUCUGUCUGCAAGUUUGUUCAAUGCUCUUACGUCAUAUUGGUCAAGCCAAACCCACUCCAGAAUAUAUAGAACUUUUAUCUGUAUUAACUGCAAAACAUUACGGCCCUCCACUUACUGGCUAUCCAGGAUCCAGUGAAAACCAAACACCGGAACAAAUGAUGGAAGGCGUUAUGAGUACCUUAACAUCAGAUCCAUACGGUCCAAAGCCAUAUAUACACAUUAAGGACCCAGAAGAGGUAUCUCGUUUUCUCUCACAGGAGGAAGAUACAAUGGUCUUUACCUGUGGCCAUUAUUUCCCAAUUUCCAACUACCAAUCUGAGGCUGUUCCUACAAUGGAGGCAGAGCUGCUGAUGUCUGAACAGGUUUCACUUCCGUGCACUGCAGAACUCCUUGGAAACGUAAUGACUGAAUCAAGUAAAGUAGAAACAUUAUGCCCACUAUGUAUCCCUCGAGCAUUGCAAACAGUAGUUAAAGAUAUGGUGGAACAAUGAGUAAGUAAGAAUUUGUAUAUUGAUAAUACAAUAUGUGUCAGACCGGAUGACACAUUGCAUUAAUCGUAUUAUGUUCUAUUUUUUAUGCAUAUAUAUGCGUUUUUUUACAUACAAAUUAUGGUUAAUAUGAUAUUUACUGCGGUACGCUUAAUAUAUUGUAGUUAUUUAUGAAAAGUUUAAUGGAUUAUUCUUAUAGUGGGUGCAUGAGUUCAAUGUAUUUUUUGACAGUUCGUAGACAAUGUCAAUCAUACGUGGAUUUCCAGAAAAUAACGGAGGUAUAUGCUAAAAUAGAAAAAUAAAAUAGAUCUCAGUACAAAACCAUGUAUACGCAAUGCUUUGUAAUAAAAAUUGUAUGCAGAGCUACGUGUGAUUUAGUAAUGUUUUUAUUUGUAUUGUUUUGUGAACUAACGGAAAAAACACAUUGAACUCUUAGACAGACUAUAUGUAUGUGCCGCUUAUGGAAUUUAACUUCGUGUAAUUAUUUGUUAAUUGAUACGUGAGUUGUCAGCAUGGUUGCCGGAAAUCAAAACAGAUAAAUUUGUAUAUAAAUCGAUUGAAUAGAUUUUGCUGAUGAAAUUAUAUGACAAUUGAAUUAUAUAACGUAGUUCUUGUGAUCAAUUUUUCGUGACUACGAAAGAUAUAGAGUAAAUUACCAAAUGGAACUUUCGUUUUAUUGUCUUCGAUAUUUGUCGCAAUGACUCCUGUCGAUUGGUUCGACACGUGUAUGAAGAAUUAGGAUAAAUAUUAAUGAAACGUAUAAUACUGACUCUCUAUUGUAAGCGACCUAAACAUUUGGUAAUUUUUUAGAAAGUAUAUCCUGUAUACAUACAAGUACACCUAUUGUUUAAACACGAAAUAAGUUUAAUAUAUAAAUAAAAGCUGUUUAUUAGGAUGUUACAUAAACGAGAUGAUCUUUCAAGUUCAAAUAUUAAAUAUUUAGUUGUUUAAAUAUAGAGAUAUUUUAAAUCUAGUGAAUUGGACAAUUUUAUAAAAGUAUACUAGCUCUUGAUACGCGCACUAAUUGAUUUUCGAAAUGUUCGUAUUUUAUUCAUUCUAUUAUACAAAAGGAAAAACAACGCAACAACCGUUAUAAUGUUAAGCAGAUUGCAAGAAAUCUUGUUAGAUAUCAAAUAUUUUUUUCACGUGGUUUCAUUCUUCUUAUUUUUUUUUCUUGUUUGGAAACGAGUAUUUCUUAUCAAUUAUUCAUAUUGUACUUUAUAUUUGCAAUCCCACGUGACGUUAAACAGUGUAAAAUACUUUUUAUGUUACAGCAAUAAUUUUCAAAUUUCUAACUAUUCAAAUAUUUAAAUGUCUCAUAUUAUAAUUGAAGAAUGCUAGUCACUCGCACGGUAAAUAUUUUAUUUACCAAGCUUCAAUCAAUGUUCUCCCUCGUAAAGAAGGUCAGUAGAAUAUUUUAAAUAAAUAGAGUCAUUGAAAUAGUGACACAGGAUUAGGUAAUGACCAACGGUAUAGAAUCCAUCUUCAUAUUAUCACAAACAGUCAUAAGGAAUGUGAUUUUAUUAUUUUCAAGUAAGGUGUGUGAGUAGUAGACUAAUUAAUAUUUGUAGAUUAAUGGUAUUAUAAAACUGGAAACUAAAAUCAUGAUAAGUCUAUUAUAUAAAAUUUUAUUUCUAUAAUUUGCAUUCUGAAAGGAUUCGAUGACGCUUUAAAAAUUGUAAAACAUAGUAUAAUUAUAACAAUUACCUUAUAAACAAUUAUUCCUAAUUAGCUUAUUAUUCAAUUCGAUAGUAUUUAGCUUUCGAAACAUCUUCCUUUCGAAAGUCGUAGCAUCAUGAAUUCGUUAUUUUAAAAAAAUGCACGUAACACAGCACGCAUAGAAAUUAUCAAAAUUCGCCAUACACGAAAAUCAUACGAUGCAACGACGCGUAGUACAUGAUUACUGCAAUUAUGAUAUUGCAUGAGUGUGGCCUAAUUAGAUGAAAAAUUAGUUUCGUCAUAUUAUUUUUUUUUCCAUCAGUAAACAUAAAAUAGAUUUUUUAAAUCAGUGUCUUUGUCUAAAGAAUUCGCAAAGCGUCAAGUAAUUAAUGACUUACCUGUUAACGUCUUUCGUAACGAAACAAGCGUUAAUGGUAUAUGAAGGUUAUUUAUCAUAUGACUAUCUGUGUUGAUUCUAAGGAUCUAAAAUAAAAUGAAUUAAAAUGUUUUACUCAGUUAAUUAGUUUAUAUCGCACACAGAUGUCGUAGUGCAAGCGUGUACUUCAGAAUAUAUAUAGUUACUAUGCUAUACAUUAUACAUAAUUCAAUAAUAGAUAAAUAAUUUCAGCACCGUACUAGUAUCGCAAGAUCUAAAAGAAUUGAAAAAUAAUCAUAUGUUUUGGCAAUAUCAUUUUUAAAUAUACAAAAGACGAUGAUUAUAUUUUAUUGUUUUUAUAUGUACAGAUUUUUUAAUGAUCAUUUCAUUUAACUCAUUAUGCUCGGCGCAUAUUUUUACGUGAAUUUACCAUAGCCUACUCGAUUACAGUCAGCUCAGUCGGCGUUUGGAGUGUAAAGGGUUAAAUAGCGAUACUGUGUUUUUGAUAUUGAACAUUUUUUGAAAAUCCAGCGACUCGUCAACAUCCUGUGUUUAUGUAUACAAUAUUUAUUACGGUAUUAACUUAUUGUUAGAUAAAAAUAAAAUUAUACAUUGGUGUAAGGAUCCUGAACGCAUAAAUAAUACGUUAUAUUAACUUACGUUGUUUGCUAUACUAUAAACAAGUAGUCUAUACGGCAUUCAACACCAACAGUAUUUGAAACCGGAUGUUCUGUACAAACUAAAAAGUACGCUCUUUAUGUAAAAAUAAUUCGUUCUUGUAUUCCUGCAGCCAUAAUACUUUUAAUACCUUAAUUCAAAAUUUUUGUCUCUCUACAUCAUGGAACAGUGUCUAUGUUAUUUCAAUUGUAACUGUACAAUAUACAACGACUAAAUGCGAAUAGGCAUAGUCGCAUUCAAAUCUAUAAAUUAAAUUGAAAAUUAA